AUGGCUUCCAAGCACUGGACGGUUGAUGACACCGAGUCCGAAGUCAAUGCCAUGCGUGUGCUUAUCCAAGCAAGGCCUGGCAAGAAGGACUUAGCAACACAGCUGCUCGGUCAGCUGGAGCACAAGCUGGAGAACAUGCCUGCGCUUUCUGCCGAGCAGCUCGUUGCCUUGUACGAGUUGGUGAAGAAGUGUGGCUUGCCCGACUCCAUGAAGGAGGAGCUCAAUGCUCUUGUGGACAGCAAAGCCACCGGUGACAGCUCUCCAUGCAAGCCAGUUUGGCAGACGGAUUGCUUCAACCUCAUCGAUUUCUUCACGGCCUCGGAGUUGAUUCAGUUGGAGGCAUGCAGCAUGUGGCAAAAGGCUUCGAUCGUGGCAUCUCGUUUGAAGAUGCUUGGCUUUCGAGCCAUGAAGGAGUCAACCGAGAAGUUGGCGACUGCGGUGCUCGUCUGGUUCGAGACAAAGCGGGCCAAGGACAUGGUCCCACCGGAUGGAGACUCGGUGUAUUCGUUGUCUCAGCGUGUGCAUUAUGCCUUCGUCACAAGCACUACACCGGACCACUUCCAGGCAGCUUACCCGGACGAGCCACCGGCAAGUCCUUCGCAGGUUGGGAAGGCUGCCAGCCAAGUGCAAGCUCAAGUUCCCACCCUCUUGCUGGACCAGCAGCAACAGCAACAGCAGCAAAUGCUUUGCAUUGGCAACUUCCUGAACUCGAUGUACCAGAAGUUCCAGUGCAACCAGCCUGCACUCAACUUGUCCUGUUCUCAGCCUGGGCAAGGCCAGGUUACUGGUCUGCCGUUGCAAAACGGCCUUGGCCAGUUCGCUUCGCAGAACAACGUUGCUCAGCCUGGUGCUUUGCCUUUCCAGAACGGCUUCCAAAGCACCCCUUCUCAGCCUGGUCAGCUGGCUUUGCAGAACGGCUUCCAGAACAACCCUACUCAGCCUGGUCAGCUGGCUUUGCAGAACGGCUUCCAGAACAACCCUGCUCAGCCUGGUCAGCAGCCAGGUGCUGGCACAGCUGUGGGCCAAGGUGCUGCUUCUGCAGGCCUUCAGCUUCCUACUGCCGACCCCGAGCCGGAGCAAGCGGAGGAGCAGGAGGAGGCCGGUGCAGGGUUGCAAGCUUUCGAAGAACAGGCUUUCGAGAAGCUACAGAAGAAGCAGGCCGGGGCGAAAGGCGAAGUGCAAAGCAGCGGCCAAGGCCAAGUCCAAGACUUCCAGCUCAAAGCUUGGACGCCUCAAGUGUCAUGGUUUUUCGUGUGA